AUGGGCAAUACAAGAUGGUGGAUGUUAGCUACGGGUAUAGCAAGAUGGUGGAUUGUGGUGCCAGGUCAUACAGGCAAUACAAGAUGGUGGGUGUUAGCUGGGGGUAUAGCAAGAUGGUGGAUGUUAGCUUGGGGUUUAGACCUACCAAGAAGGUGGGUGUUAGACCAGGGUAAAGCAAGAAGCUGGUAUAAGGGUGAAACCAGAAUAAAUCUCAUAAAAAGCACAGGACUUAGAACAGGACUUGGAACUGGACUUAGAACAGGACUUGGUAGAACAAGAUUUAGAACAGGACUUAGAACAGGACUUGGUAGAACAGGAUUUCGAACUGGAUUUACAAUGGGACUUAGGACAGGGCUUAGAACAGGGCUUAGAACAGGACUUAGAACAGGACUUGGUAGAACAGGAUUUAGAACUGGAUUUACAAUGAGACUUAGAAUGGGACUUACAAUGAGACUUAGAACGGGACUUACAAUGGGACUUAGAACAGGGCUUACAAUGGGACUUAGAACAGGACUUACAAUGGGACUUAGAACAGGACUUACAAUGGGAUGUAGAACAGGACUUACAAUGGGACUUAGAACAGGACUUACAAUGGAAUUAAGCAAUAGACUUAGCAUGGGACUUACAACUGGAUUUACAAUGGUACUCAGCAUGAGACUUGGCAUGGGACUAAGCAUGGGAUAA